UGAAAGCGCUCAAUUGCAGACGAUGGCAUUGAUGGCUUCAGUUGUGAGCGAGGUUUCGUUGGACUCACACAACUCGAUGAGUGUGUUGCUAUUCUUUCUCACAAGCCCCAUCAACGGCCUCUCUACAGCCGGAGUGAUCCGCGGUGGCAUGUACCUUGGCGGCAACAAUCCCCAACUAGCUCAGCGCUUGGCGAAAAUGAUUAAAAAUUGCAUCUUCUCCGUCGCCGUGGUGAGCUCGAGCGUACUGAUGCUGAAUCGUCGGUCGGUGGGCCAAAUGUUCUCGGACGACCCGGAAAUAUGGGAAGCCAUGACUGAAAUCUGCACGGUCGGGGUCAUGGGGUACAUGAUCUUGUCGCUCUUCUACGCGGCUAUGUCGACGCUGAUGGCCCAAGCUCGAACCCUUCCCGUCAUGGUGGCUUAUUUUUGCGGUUCGUGGCUGGUGGGCAUCCCAGCAGCGUACGGCAUCGGAAUCCACUAUCAAGCUGGUCUCGUUGGCAUUUGGGUUGGCGUGGUUCUUGGGUACAUUGCCACGACCACGAUUGCCUUGCACGCGUCGGGGAUUUCGGAUUGGGAUGCCGAAGCCGCAAAAGCCGUCCAACGAAGUUGUGAGAAGUCGCAAGGAGACUUAGGUGAAGGCACAAAGCUGCUCGAACAGGUAUAACUUGAAACAAACAUUCGACCCCAGCACUGUGCUUCACCUUGCCCUUUUCGUUGUAACUUUCGUUGGAGGUGGAAUCUCGGCUGGCUCCGUCGCCAUCAGGCACCCUCCACACCCGCCGCAC